AUGGAACGGUGGAACCAUAGAACUGUGGAACCAUGGAACGAUGGAACGAUGGAACCAUGGAACUGUGGAACCAUGGAACUAUGGAACCAUGGAACGGUGGAACGAUGGAACCAUGGAACUGUGGAACCAUGGAACUGUGGAACCAUGGAACUAUGGAACGAUGGAACCAUGGAACUGUGGAACCAUGGAACUGUGGAACCAUGGAACUAUGGAACCAUGGAACUGUGGAACCAUGGAACUAUGGAACCAUGGAACGGUGGAACGGUGGAACCAUGGAACUGUGGAACCAUGGAACUGUGGAACCAUGGAACUGUGGAACCAUGGAACUAUGGAACCAUGGAACGGUGGAACGGUGGAACCAUGGAACUGUGGAACCAUGGAACUAUGGAACCAUGGAACGGUGGAACCAUGGAACUGUGGAACCAUGGAACUGUGGAACCAUGGAACUGUGGAACCAUGGAACGGUGGAACGGUGGAACCAUGGAACUGUGGAACCAUGGAACCAUGGAACUAUGGAACCAUGGAACGGUAGAAUCAUGGAACUGUGGAACCAUGGAACUGUGGAACCAUGGAACUAUGGAACGGUGGAACCAUGGAACUGUGGAACCAUGGAACUGUGGAACCAUGGAACUAUGGAACUGUGGAACUGUGGAACUAUGGAACCAUGGAACGGUGGACGGUGGAACCAUGGAACGGUGGAACCAUGGAACUGUGGAACCAUGGAACUGUGGAACCAUGGAACCAUGGAACGGUGGAACCAUGGAACUGUGGAACCAUGGAACUAUGGAACGGUGGAACAGUGAAACCAUAAAACUGUGGAACCAUGGAACUGUGGAACUGUGGAACCAUGGAACCAUGGAACUAUGGAACCAUGGAACGGUGGAACGGUGA